CUCAGAGCUGUGGGGUGUCCCCAUGGCCCUGGGCGUGGUAUAUAGUUCAGCCCACCUGAAAGACUCAGGGGAGCCCCGGGGGCUCUGCUCUCCUCCAGAAAUAAACAGAACAGAGAUAAAAAACUUGAAGAGAGCAGGAACAAAACUUCACUGAGAAAGAAACAGCCCUAAUUUGUGCAGGGAAGCUCUGGGGUAGAGGGUGGCCGGGUGCCAGUUUGUGGUGGCUUCUGCACGGCAGGAGUGAGGCAGAACCGUGCGCUGGUGCCGGGCUGAGCCGGCAAUUGUGAUGUGGGCAUCUCUCCACAAGCCCCGCACUUUACCUCUCAUUUCUAUCAGCAGAUACGCAGGAGGAAGAAGAGUCCCUGAGCUCAGGAGGUGCCAGGGGCAGGGGCUUGGCGAGGGGCAGGGGGUGGCUGGGGUCUGGGCUGUGAGGUCACAAAGCCUGCUGCGCCGUGCGGGGAUAUCCUGUGCUGUGCCACGGGCACCGCUCCAGUAGUGCUGACAGCAGCGGCAGCAGCAGCAGCUCCAGCACCAUGGUGCAGGCACGGAGGGUUGUGGCCCCCAUUAGCCUCGUUAUCUUCCUAUUCCUUGUCGAAGCCCGGGAUGCCCAGGCUGCUCCAUGGAGAGCGCGGGGAUCAGGUGGGUGGUUAAGAGCCAGCACCCAGCCCUGGGCAGCGUGGGGCUGUGCCCAGCGCUCCUCGGGGUGGCAGCGGGGCUGGGGUCAGGAUGGGGCAGGGCUGGGAGAGCAGCGGGGCUGGGCCAGGCUGGGUGAGCUGUGGCAGCUCCACUGCAGGUCCCUGGAAAGAAGUGGAUCCCAGUGUCUCAUGGAACUGGGCUGGAUUGCAGCUGUGCCUGUAGGCAAAGGCCACAAGGCUUCUCAGCUGGAUCUUGUCCAGGAGCCUCAGGGAGACCCCACAGCUCGUCACUGGAGUGAGUGGCACUGGGGGUUUGUAGGACAUUCACCUUCCUCUUUUCUUGGCCAGAGCUCUGACGUGUGCGAGAGCAGAGGGGAACAGGUCAGUCAGUGCUGUGCCCUGGGAAGGUCUUUGCCGGCCUCUCCCCCUCUGCGCUGCUCCCCGUGCUGGCUGCAGAGCUGCCUGGGGCUGAGCUUAGAGCUGCUGUGAGCUCCAGGGAGUCCUUUCUCCUGGCAGCUCCGUGCCUGCAUUGUGUUGGAUCAGCACGGUGCAGGCACCCAGUGACUGCACGAUGCUCCCGAGUGGAAGGGAGAGACGAGGGCCAUGGAGCGAUCCCUCUUUGGAACUGCAUUCACCACCGUUCUGAUUGGAAGAAGUAGAUUGGAAUAUUUCACGGGAGCUGCUUUCUUCUGUUUGUUUACAGAUGUGGCUGGAGAUGAUGAAUCUCCAGCUUCCCGACUGAGUCCCAGGGACGACGUGCAGGGACAUCGCAUGGAUCUUCACGGAGCGAAGUACAAAGCCAAAGUAAUGAAAACUUCACAGCAGCUCACAGAAAUGCUGGAGGAACUCCUUGCCAGGCUGAAGAAAGCCAAUCGUGGCGAGGGUGGUGGCAACGUUAUUUCAUCUGAUCAGAUGGAAGUUGGUUUGGAGCCCGUGGCACAGCCUGGAGGUGAGUUCCAGAUAUCCCUUUCCCUGAAAGAACACACACGGACACUGGGCCAAGAGCUCAUUCCUUGCAAUUUUCCUUUAGAUCCUCUCACAGCUGACGACUUCCCGACUUCUUGGCCAAUCCUUUCCUCCAGCCUGAGAGCGAUUACACAGAAGUGGACGAAGAAGGUGUGUCAGAGAUUGCGGAAGAGAGCGGUGACUCGGUGCCCAUCGCUGCCAAGGGAGAAGGUGUGGGCAGCAAGACAACCCCAAGGGUUCACAAGAGUGCUGCAGGUGUUCAAAGGGGACAAACAUACUUGAUGGCAGCUGUAGCAGGAAUGCUGGCAUCCCUGCCAUUCGUCUUCUCGGCGUGCUGCUUCCUCAUCUGGCUGUGGAGGAAGAGAGUAAAGUGAGUCACUGAUUCCUCGCCUUGCUUCCUUCAAGGGUUUCUCAUUGCCACGAGGCAUCGCUGCUCAGGUCUGGGCAGCGCCGAGCGAGGGGUUGGCCAAAACACUCUGCUGAGGUUUCUGCUGCUCUCGGGUGCUUUAGUUGGUGUCUGAACUCCUCGCCUUCUCGGGAGCCCGCUCUGACUGGAGCCAGGGUUGGCUCGAGCUGACCGUGCCUGGACAGGAGCAGCCCCAGGAGCAAGAGGCGUGGGCAGAGCCAGGUCGGGAUGGGAAAGAGCAGGGGCUGAGAUUGCCCUGGAAAGCGAGAUGCACACGCUAGUGUGCACAUGCUGCUCCCCAGGGAACCUUCCCAGAGGAAUCCCCACGCUCAGUGGUGCCAUCAGGUGCUGGUGUCCCCUUCGGUCACGCUGUGCCGGCAGAUCCCAGCCCAGGCUGGGAAGCUGUGCCAGCUCUGUGCCGUGGAGGAGAGUCCCUGUGCCCCACCUGCAG